UGUGCGCAUACGCGGGACAGUGUCUCCUAGCAACCGCCAUCUGACCCAACCUCUCAGUCCCUCCUCCUGUCGCUGGAACAAGUGGACCGUCUGAAGACCUGUGGGAGGAGAUUAAAUAAAACGGAACGAUUGUUCGGAAUGUUCAAGAACGUUUACAUCGCACUUUAGCGCCAAAGCCCUUCUAUAAUGGAGACGUCUGCGUCCGCAACGAUCACUGCAGACGAGUCGACGUGUGAGGAUUCGCCUCCAGGUGACCAUCUUCUGAUCUUGAAGGCUCUGACGGAGAAACUGAGACUAGAGACCAGGAGACCUUCCUACUUGGAAUGGAAAGCCGGGUUGGAGGCAGAAAAGAUCACAGGGUUCGGAAGCGGAACAGUUGAAGCGGAAUCCGGCGGCACACGAAGAGAUUCAGACAUGAUUCGCUGCCAGUUGAGGUCAGGUGUCCUGAAGGUGUUCGAGAACGUCGACGAGGCUCUGAGUUGGCUCAGACGAGAACUGGCCGAGAUGCGUCUACAGGACCAGCACCUGGCGAGGCAGCUCAUCCGCCUGCGUAGCGACAUCAGCAAGAUGAAGAUCGAGCAGGCGUGUCAGCUGCAUCGCCGCAUGCUCAACGCCGCCACCUAUGGCCUGGAGGAGCGCGACGAGUUGGCCGACCUGCUGUGCGAAUGCCCCGUCACGCCGGGUCUGGGCCUAUCUGCGCCACUGCGACUCAUCGGAGUCACGAAGAUGAACAUUAACUCUCGACGCUUCUCGCUAUGCUAGUCAUAUGUUAUGUUACUCAGUCUUUAGUAGACUAGUUGCUUGAUUAAUCAUUUUAACACACAGCUAACGGUGGAGGAAAAGCUAAUAAAAUUAAAAACAUAUCUAGAAUACAGUGCAUCCGCAUAGAAUUCACAGCCCUUCACUUCUUCCACAUUUUUGUUGUAACUGCCUUAUUCCAAAAUGGAAUAAAUACAUUUUAUUCCUCAAAAUUCUACACUCAAUACCCCAUAUUGACAAUAUGAAAAGGUAUUACAAAUAAAUAACAAAACAAAAAAAUCACAUGUAUUCACAGCCUCUGCUCAAUACUUUGUUGAUGCACCUUUGGCAGCAAUUACAGCUUCAAGUCUUUUUGAAUACGAUGCCACAAGCUUGGCACACUUUGGGCAGUUUCACCCAUUUGUCCUUGCAGCAACUCUCAAGCUCCAUCGGUUGGACGGGAAGCGUUGGUUUUCACCCAGGAUGUCUCUGUACAUUGCUGCAUUCAUGUUUUCCUCUAUCCUGACUAUACUCUCCUAGUUACGUCCGCAGAAAAACAUCCCCACAACAUGAUGCUACCACCACUGUAUGGAUGGUAUUGGCCUGGUGAUGAGCGGUGACUGGUUUCUUCCAAACAUGAUGCCUGGCAAUCACGCCAAAGAGUUCAAUCUUUGCCUCAUCGGACCAGAGAAUUGUGUUUCUCAUGGUCUGAGAGUCUUUUAGGUGCAUUUUGGCAAACUUUUUAAUAAUAAAUGGUUUCUGUCUGGCCACUCCACCAUACAGGCCUGAUUGGUGGUUUGCUGCAGAGAUGGUUGUCCUUCUGGAAGGUUAUCCUCUCUCCACAGGGGAAUACUGUAGCUCUGACAGAGUGACCAUCGGGUUCUUGGUCACCUCCCUGACUAGACUAAGAUGAAUGCAGCAAUGUACAGAGACAUCCUGGAUGAAAACCAACACUUCACAUCCAACCUGAUUGAGC